AUGAAAAGCUAUUUAAGAUUGCUAAAAUUAUGUACAAACAAUAAUGUUUGCCCCCCACCACUCCGCAGAGCGUACGCCUUAGUUAAAGAGUUCUCAAAAAUAAAUCUCAAUCACGAACUACCCAUUAAUAAUUUUAUUGGUGAUGCGACCAAAACACGAUUUAAGUCCAGAAACCCCCCAUCAAAAACAGCCAAGGACCUAAUCAACGCAAACUUUGAUAUGAUGAUGAAAUGGAAACAAAUGUGGGCAGCUAUGGUAGAGAAUGAUAACAUCCUAGACAACAUAUUACCAGGACAUAUACCCACAGGAUUUGACCUACAGCGCAAUCUAUGGUGUACACUUAACCGAAUACGAACUUCGCACGGUAGAUGUGCAGAUUCCUUACACAAAUGGGGCAUGAGAAACUCACCAAAAUGUGAGUUGGUUAGGUUCUCCAAUUCUGUAUGUCUGAGUUCGUGGUAAAAAGGGACAAAAAAACUGAUUAUUUGGAAUAAUUUACAUAUUUUUGGAUGAAAUGAGCUAUUAUUUUUUAUCAUUUUUAAGAGUUACUGCUUUUGGCCAACACUGGUUAUAAUAACAAANGGAUAAUUACUAGAUCUUUAAUAAUAAUUCUAUACAAUUUUUUUCUUAAAAUUCAUAAUUGACCUGUAUAAAAAAAUAAUUACAAUUUUACAUUUUUUUAUUUAGUUAUUGAUAUACAAUAGUAAGAGAUUUGUAAUAUAAAAGGUUUAUUCUAUCCAAGUUAUCUCACAAUUUAAAAUAUGAUUCGGCAGCUGCUGUAUUAUGAAAGUGAUUUAAAUAUAUUAUACCCAUAUCAUGCCAUACAACUAGAUUUUUGGAUAACAUUUCAAACAUAAAAAGGAAGUUUUCAUUGCAGACACAAUAUUUCCACUAUUAUAAUAUGCAUGUCCCAAUAAAUGUAAUAAAUCAACAUUUAUUUCUGGAUACAAUUUAUGAAUAGCAGUUUUCAAAUAGAAAAUUGAUUCAUCAAAUUGUUUUAGUUGAUAAUGAAUAAAUCCUAAUUUAAUAAGGUAGUUUCAUAGCCUUAUCAACCACACAUAUACUUGAUUUAAAAAAAAUUCAAAUGUCAACAUAUUAAUAAGACACUAUCCACAAAUAGUACACCUAUAUUUAUGUUUUAAUGGAACAGUAAAUAACAUUUGACUACUUAUGUAUAUCUAAAAAAUAACAAAUAUGUACUAUUUAAUUACUUAAAAAGUAAUCGUUGAUGACAUUAUGAAGGGAAUAGAAAUUAUAACCUGCAAUCCUCCUUCUGUCUUGAUCACUGACAAUAAAUAUUUUUCAACAAUAGCACUGAAUACAAAUAAUUUUAUACAAUAUACAAAUACAAUGAUAACCCACAUAAAAGGACUUACAACUUGUUAUAUUAUUUAUAUUACAAGUAAAUUGAAUAAAUAUAAUAUGCAAAUAUUUUAUAUUUAUUUUUAAUUAUUAACAUGAUUUCAAGCAUAUAUUAGUUACACAUUCUAAUUAUCUUAACAAUCUAAUUUAAUAAACAAGGGACCUUAUUAAAUAGAAAAUCAAUAUUUGUGAUAAUGAAAAUUAUCACAGUAUCAUUAUCAAAACUUUAAAUAUUACCUGUUUAUGGAAGAAGCUAUUAACAUAAACAUUAAGCAGCAAAUUGAAAUAUUAAUAUCAUUACUAUAAUCAUCAUUACAUUGACUAUCAUAGUUCUAUCAUUUAAGUAUAACUUAAUUAAUUUAAAAAUAAAACCCACUUAUCACAGGUAAAUCUAAUUUUUUUAAUAAUUAGAAGAUUGGUUUACAAUAUAAAAAUAUGCCUUUUCAAUUUCCAAAAAUACACCAAUUACAUUAACUCUCAUGACAACACAUUUAUAAAUGUAGUUAAUAAUAUUAAAUCAUUAGCACAUUAAAUAAAGUAUCAUUAGCAAGUCCCUUCCUUAAAACCAAAUUGUCAACAAGCAAAAAAUUAUAUUUGUUAAGGAAGUUUACACGCCUAAUUUGAAUGCAUUUUUUUAAAAUGAUUACUUAAGUUAAAGAAAAUGAUCAAUUCAAUGAUAAAGUUUUAUCUUCAGAUUUAAAUAAUGGAACAACAAUAGCUUCUUUGAAUACGGUUGGGGAAAUGUUCAAAAAUCAAAUAUUCAAUAUAUUUGAUAUAUUUUUUCAUUAAAUAAUUAAUAUGCCUCUGUACUACAGUGAAUUUAAAAUAUUUAAAUAAUAACAAUAACAAAAAAGCCUUUGUUUUCUUUUAAUUUUAAAAUGAAACAAAUUCACCAAGUUAUCCAUAAUUUGUAUUAAUUUAAUUAAUUUGAUAUAUAUUUAAGGCAUAUUGUAUUACAUUGAAGUGUUUUUUUAUUUAGUUAAUUUCUAGUUGAACUGAAAUAUAUAUAUUAUAUAAGCAGUAAGCACUUUAAUAUUAAUACAUAUUUGAAAAUAUAAAUACAAUAUUAGGUACAAAUUAAAUGAAAAAGUUAAAACAAAGUUGAAUUAAUUAAAUUCAAUGUGGUGAAUAUUGAAUAAUAAUAUAUUUCAAAGGGGAGAAACAUAUUCAUAUUUUAAUAAUAUAAUUUUAUAUGUAUACCUAAUAUAUAAAAAACCGUGUUAUAAAAGCUCUUGGUUAUAUCACCUUGUCGAUAUGAAAUUAUUUUGAAAUAUACAUAAUAUUUUAAAAAUUAACUGUCUGUAAUAUAUGGGUACCUUUUAACUAAGAUUAUACUCUGAUAAUUGUUGGCGACAAAAUAAAAACUAUAAUUUGGCUAUAGUUAAACUUACAUUAAUUGUUACAAAAUGUGUAAAGGUAAAAAGAGAUUAUCAAACAAGAGUUCUCAAAACCAUGACAGAAUUUACAGUGUUGUAUCAAAUUUAAUGUUAUAAGUAGUAUAAUAUUAUAUUUAAUUUUGGAAAAUGGUGGUCAACUCUUUAUAAACAAUACUGUGUUUCAUUGAAAACUAAACUAUCUAAAUGAAGGACCAUGAUAAAUAGAGAAACAAAAAGAUAAUCAAUAUUUUGUAAUUUCUACUUUUAGACAGUUAUAGAAUUUUAUUUAGCAAGGAAAAAUUACAGUUAUCUCUUUUAUUGAUAGUAUUAUAAAACAUACUUUUCCAUUACAAAAAUAUUGUAAAGGUUAUCUAUCACAUGCAAUAUUAUAUCUAAAAUUAUUAACAUUUCAAUUAAAAAUGCUAAAUUAUAGGAUGAUAAAAAAUUAUACUAUACAAGAACAAUACACCAAAUUUUACAAUAAACUGAGAUUUAAUAGUUUCAAAUAAUUCAUUUAGUUUUAGUAUUUUAUAAUCCCAAUAAUAUGAAAACCUGCAUGCAAAAUCAAAAAAUGACUUCCUUAAAGUACCAACUAGACCAGGUUCUUAACCUGUGGUCCGCGGCCCCUCGGGGGUCCGCAAUACUCAUAUCGGGGGUCCACGGCAGUCUUAACACCUAACAUAAAUCAAUACGUAACAUGAGAGCAUUAUUACAAUAUUUUUGGAUUAUUAUUUUUUCUUUUCAUAUAAAAUUAUAAAAUACAUAUUAUCAUCUUAUAUUGUAAGCCUUACAAUACCUUCUGCGACCUAUCUUACCUUUAUUACACCGAUGACAAUGUGGAAUUCGAUACCAUUAAGUAUCUAAACCUAAUAAUUUUAUUAUUAAUAUAUUUAUCAGUUUUUCUUGUUCAUUCAAGAAGAAUUACGAUCCAUUUUCAAAUCUCAAAAGUUUUAUUGAAUCAACUGAAGAAGAAUUGUCAGAUAAAAAUUAUAAAUAUUUCAUACAGCAUAUGGGUGAUAUGCAACAUAGUUUCCGUGAUUACUUUCUUGUUCCAGAUAUAAGUAGAAAUUGGAUUCGACAACCUUUUGAAAUUGAUAUUCAUCAAAUAAAUGAACUGACAUCAUUGGAAGAAGACAGCCUUGAAGAAAUUUCUACAGAUACUAGUUUAAAAAUUCAAUUCAAUCAAAAGUCAUUAGAAAAUUUUUGGUUGCAUGUUCGAAAGGGUUAUCCACAAUUAUCGAGUAAUGCUCUGAAAGUUUUGAUUCCAUUCCCCACAACUUAUUUAUGUGAAAAAGCCUUCUCCGCCCUCGUUUAUAUUAAAAAUAAGUUUCGAAACCAAAUAGAAAACGUAGAAUCUGAACCACGGUUAAAGAUUUCGAGUAUUGAGCCCGAUGUUCAAAAACUCGUAACUGAAAUGCAACAUCAACCAUCGCAUUAA